AUGAUUUUCCAUAUAUCACAAACCCAUGACCUUCUCGUCCACCUGCGUCGGCAACUUGAUGAAUUGUCAUUCACGGAGCCUGGGAGAACACUAGAAGACCUCUUCGAAGAAUACAAUCAAGGAUCCAUGGUGUGUAUUCUGGAUGACGCACGAUCCUUUUAUACACCCUACUCAACGUCCGGUACUCCUAUUGGCAUCCGCCGCCUUAAAACCACUUCAACAGCCAAGAAGGAGGCGGGAGAGAGCCUCGUUGUGCCUGCACUCAACAGUUCCCAAAUGUGCAGCUUCAUUGCCAACAGAUCUCCUCAGUCUUUAAUCUCCUCAUUGCUCCCUCCAGAUCAACAACAAAUAGUAGCUCAAGCAUGGGAAUGCGCCUAUUGGCUCAGCAUUCUGUUCAACUGGAACUCGAACGAAAUAUAUUGCGACUCCGCCCACCAUGGCAGACUUGGGAAGCGGCCAAUUGCGCUCAAAAACCUGAUUUUGGAGCUCAUGUACUCAAUCGUCUACCGAGUGGAGGCCCUGAUGCAAAAUCUUUAUCAGAAAGUUAUUGCGUCUCUUCAGUUUUCACCCAACGAACGACACGACCCGUUGGCCAUCUCCUAUGCUCUUUUGGUUGUCUACUACUCGAUCAAGAAAUCACGGGCGAUAAGAUGGGACGCAAUGAAUUUACACAACUUGAAGACCGUAUUUCUGAACCGCCUGCACACCAGCGCCGAAGCAGCGCUUCAAUCAAUAGAACAAUUCCGGUGGAGGUUUGCCGUUCGUUGUUGCGGCCAGCGACACAACAACGGAAGACUGUUUGACAAACUGAUUGAGCAGUCGAAAGAACCCAAGGCCGCAAUCAUGAUUUCUUUUGAGCAAGUUGGCGGAUUCUCUGGACAGUUCAAUUUACCAACGCUUAACCACUACACCUACACGGAACUUCUCAGUUUGAAAGAAGAUGAGCCCUUCGAUGCAGCUAGUGGGCUGCCAAGCGGGAAUCAAGGCACUGAUGUCAUAAACAUCUCCUCCAGCCGAGACACAAAUGCUGACAACAUUGAUUCACUCCUGAAACUCCUCUCUCAGAGCUCAACGCGCCCUGGCUGGACCACUAAGCAUGAAGAUACCGAUCUUCCAGUUAUACAUACGGGUGGUUUCUUUGAUACAGUUUUCGAGGCUCCCAUGUCCGUUGGGCUGGAGGGAAAACAUGCAGGGACAAAACGACGCGCAGCUGACAUUUCGUAA